UCCACUCUCUCUCUCUCUCUCUGUCUCGCGCCCGCGCCCGCGCCCGCGCCCCCCCACCCUCGAACCCUCUGUAUCUUGCUAAACCUCUGCUUGAAUCCAUAAUCAAUUCUUCACAAGGUUGUUCGAGAUAGGUGCCCUUGAAAUAUACCAUUUUUCUCUUCUUUGGGUUUUUCUUUCUUUGAAGAAUUUGAUUGUUUUUGUUAAUCUUAGUUUGAUGAGGGUUUUAUCUACGGAUUCUUGAUUUUGGAGGUUCCGCCAAACCUGGGCUGCUCUCAAAAUCUGAUUUUUCUUCUGUACCGUCCGCGUUUCGGCAAUGGCCUUCUUCAUCAAGGUCUCUCUUCCCGUUGCCAAACACCCUUGGAGUGAAGGUUCGCGAAGCUGAGGCGGAAGAGGAGCAACGAUCCUGAAAAGGCGUUUCCUCUGUUCCAUUCUCGGAGUCUCGAGCAAUGGAAAUGGGCAGCUUUGCCUACUGCUUCCUCUUCUUCUUGAUGUGCUCAAAUGCUUUCCCUGCUUUCUUGGCGACACCAGAGGAGGUCUUCGCUUUGAUGCAUUUCAAGCGCUCGUCGAUCGACUCCGAUCCCAAGGGCUUCUUGCAGAACUGGACUGUCGGUGGUUCUAAUUCGAGAAGCAACCCGUGUUUGUGGACGGGGGUUGUCUGCUCAGCGGCGGACGGCCGAGUUCGCAGCCUAAAUCUCGGCAACAUGGGCCUCACUGGCCGCCUUAACCUCGAGCAUCUCAUGGCGCUUCCGAGACUCCGCGACCUCGACCUCCACGGGAACUUCUUUUACGGUAACCUCUCUUACAGCAACACCGCAUCCUCUCUUCUCUGCGGCUUCGAGACGGUGGACUUAUCGUCAAACAGCUUCAACGAGACUAUCCCUUCCGAAUUCUUGACCUCUUGUCCGCGUUUGGUUUCUCUCAAUCUGUCGAGGAACUCGAUCCCCGGAGGCAUCUUCCCCUUCGGGGCUUCGGUCCGUCGAAUCGACUUGUCUCGCAAUCGGAUAUCGGAUCACGGGCUGCUCAACUAUUCUCUCUCGAGCUGCAGCGGCCUCAGCUAUCUCAACUUCUCUGACAACAAGCUCGCCGGUAAGCUGGGCGACGUGCCGUCCUGCACCAACCUCACCAUCCUCGACCUCUCUUACAACCACCUUUCUGGGGACCUCUCAGGCGUCGACUUUGGGGUCUGCGGCAGUAUUACAGUGCUCGACUUGUCUUACAAUGGACUCAAUGGCACUGCGCUGCCCCUGAGCUUGGCCAACUGCCGGCAGCUCGAGGAGCUCAACCUCUCGGGCAACAAUUUCACCAGCAAGAUCCCAUCUUUUUGGAAGAACUUCUCAAAUUUGCAGCGUUUGUCUUUGGCACACAGUAGGUUUUCCGGCGAAAUUUCACCCGAGUUGGGUGACACAUGUGGGACUCUGGUGGAGCUCAACCUCGCUGGGAAUAGCCUCACCGGUGGCCUGCCAUCGACGUUCGUCUCAUGCUCUUCGCUCCAGACUUUGGACCUCCGGGAAAACCAUCUCUCGGGCGAUUUCAUCGAUCAAGUCGUCAGUGCUCUGCCUGCUCUGAGAUAUCUCCACCUUCCGUUCAACAAUAUCAGCGGCCCUGUUCCACUCCCUUCACUGAACGGUUGUCCACUGCUUGAAGUUAUUGAUCUCGGUUCCAACGAGCUCACUGGUGAAAUCCCCACAGGGAUAUGCUCUUAUCUUCCCAACCUUCGGAGGAUCCUGCUGCCCAACAAUUUCCUCUCAGGAACAGUGCCGUCAGAUCUUGGGAACUGUACUAAUCUUCGGACCCUCGAUUUUAGCUUCAACGAGUUGAGCGAGUCGAUUCCCCCUGAGAUCUGGUCACUGCCCAAACUUGUGGAUUUGGUGAUCUGGGCUAACAAUCUCUCUGGCGAGAUACCAGAAAGCCUAUGUUCAAGCAGCACCAGCUUGGAGACACUAAUUCUCAGCUACAACAUGAUCACCGGCGGCAUACCAUCAUCACUUACCAAGUGUGUGAAUCUUAUAUGGGUUUCGCUCUCUGGAAACCGCCUCACUGGCAGGAUCCCGAGCGAUAUAGGGAACCUCCAGAGCCUUGCGAUUCUCCAACUGGGCAACAACAUUCUUUCAGGGGAAAUACCACCGGAGCUUGGUAGCUGUCGGAAUCUCAUAUGGCUUGACCUUGCUAGCAAUGAACUUAGUGGCCCCAUUCCCGCAUCACUGGCAUCACAAACUGGGCUUAUAGUCCCUGGCAUCGUCUCAGGGAAGCAGUUUGCAUUCUUGAGAAAUGAGGCUGGGAACAUAUGUCCGGGUGCUGGGGUGCUCUUUGAAUUCGAGGACAUUCGACCUGAGAGACUGGCGAACUUCAGUUUGGUGCAUUCUUGCCCUGCCACUAGAAUAUACACCGGAACAACAGUUUAUACUUUUCCAAGCAAUGGAAGUCUGAUCUACCUAGACCUGUCCUACAAUUCGCUCUCAGGGAUGAUCCCAAAUAACUUUGGGUCGAUGGACUAUCUUCAAGUUCUCAACAUGGGGCACAAUGAGCUUACGGGGACCAUACCUGAGACUUUUGGUGGUUUAAGGAUGAUCGGCGUGCUUGAUCUCUCCCACAACCAUCUCACUGGGUACAUUCCUGGAGGGCUGGGAACCCUCACAUUCCUAAGUGACUUGGAUGUCUCAAACAACAAUUUAACCGGUCCGAUUCCGACCACAGGUCAGCUUACAACAUUUCCAGCAUCACGCUAUGAGAAUAAUUCAGGCCUUUGUGGUCUUCCCUUGCGCCCCUGCACAGUCAAAGCUGGUAACCAUGACUUUCGUUAUGAUUCUGUCGGGAGGAGGAAAUUCUUUGGUGGGAGCAUUCUCAUUGGCGUUCUUCUAUCUGUGCUCAUUGUGCUCUCGCUUAUUCUAGCUCUCUACAAGAUGAAGAAGCACCAGAAAAAUGAUGACUCGAGGGUUGGUUAUGUCGAGAGUCUCCCCACCUCAGGUACUGCUAGUUGGAAACUGUCUGGUGUUCUCGAACCUCUCAGCAUCAAUGUCGCCAUAUUCGAGAAGCCAUUAAGGAAACUAACAUUUGCUCACCUCCUCGAGGCCACCAAUGGCUUCAGUGCUGAUAGCUUAAUUGGUUCUGGUGGGUUCGGGGAGGUCUACAAGGCUCGGCUCAAUGAUGGGUGCACGGUGGCAAUCAAGAAGCUGAUACAUGUCACUGGCCAGGGUGAUCGGGAGUUCACUGCUGAGAUGGAGACCAUCGGCAAAAUCAAGCACCGCAACCUGGUACCUCUGCUGGGCUGCUGUAAGAUUGGUGAAGAGAGACUUUUAGUCUAUGAGUACAUGAAAUUUGGAAGCUUAGAUAUGGUUCUUCAUGAUAAGAGCAAAGGUGGAGCCACCAAGCUGGAUUGGUCAGCGAGGAAGAAAAUUGCAAUUGGGUCAGCAAGGGGGCUCGCAUUCCUUCACCAUAGCUGCAUCCCUCACAUCAUACACAGGGACAUGAAGUCCAGCAAUGUGCUAUUAGAUGAGAACUUGGAGGCCCGGGUAUCAGAUUUUGGGAUGGCAAGACUAAUGAAUGCUCUUGACACUCAUCUCAGUGUGAGCACGCUUGCUGGCACACCAGGCUAUGUGCCACCCGAAUACUACCAGAGCUUUAGGUGCACGACGAAGGGGGAUGUGUACAGCUACGGAGUGGUGCUUUUGGAGCUCCUGUCGGGGAAGAAACCGAUUGAUCCAUCGGAGUUUGGUGACAAUAACCUCGUUGGCUGGGCUAAGCAGUUGGUGAAGGAGAACAGAUGCAGCGAGAUUUUUGACCCUGAUUUGAUGGGGAUGAAGUCAGGGGAGGCUGAGUUGUACCAGUAUUUGAAGAUUGCCUGCGAGUGUUUGGAUGAUCGACCGCUUCAUAGGCCAACAAUGAUUCAGGUCAUGGCCAUGUUCAAAGAUCUUCAGGUUGACACCGACAGUGAUUUUCUUGAUGGGUUUUCCAUUGGACUAACCAUCAUCGAGAAUUCAGGAGCAAAAGCACCUUAAUUAUUCUACUUCAGGUCACGGUCGCAAGUUUUGUUCCGACAAAGAUGGUUACCAAUAUUCCCGCCCCAGAAUUUUUAAUUACUGUAAAUACCACAAGAAUGUUUGUUUAGGCAGAAAUAGAAGAGCAUAAAUGGAUUUAGAAAAUAGCCAUGUUUUUUCCAUUGAAAGAGAAUGGAAGAAAGCAUAUGUAUCGGAGGCGUUGCUGAGCUCAGGUCAGUAUACUUUUUGUUUUCCUGUCAAAAUGUAUCAAACCACAGUUUUCUGUCUGCCAUAAAUCUACUAAGGUCCAUCAUUUAAAUUUUUGCGAUUCA